UCUAUGCCUAAGAGUCGAGUCCGAGACUCAAUCACAUAUUUGAUUACUUUUGGUUAUUUACUACAAGUUAAACCCUUUAUCCACUCAUUUUUUAGGUUGACAAUACUAACGAUUAUAUUUAGAUGCAAGCAUAUAGCAAAAGGACCAAUAAAGCAAUCUGAAAUUAUUAUGGCCCACCCCUAACAUCGAUAAAGAAGGAGCCUAGCCCUUUUGAGCAUCACUAUCUCAACGCAGUUUUUCACAUUCUUCUGAACUUGGAAGGACAAGGUUUUGGAUAUGAAUGCUUGACAGAAAAACUUGUAAAUUUAUUUACACAAGCUGCCGAUUAUGAGAAAGAUGAUGCCACUGAAGCAAUUGGUCAAGUAUUCCUAGAUUUCAAGGCCAAAUGUGAACAGUAUCAACAAGAACAAGAUCCUGAGUUAUUAGUCAUGCCUGUUCUCCCAACAAGUGAAGCUCUGCUUUCUAUUCUUGAUGCAGAUUACUUCUCAGAGGAAAUCUCAACAUUCUAUGGAAGCCCAAACACUCAGGCAUGAAUGCUGGAACUAAUGCUAACGACAAUCAGAAAUCUUGAAAUAAAUAAAACAGGAGAAUUCACAUCUGAAUUAGUUGGAGGAAGUACAGGAUUUAUUGAUACAUAUUUCAAAGGACAGACAUCCGAAAGCUAUGCUGAUGCAUUUUGUACAUACACUCUUCCAAUAACUAUGAGAAACAUUAUAAAUGACAUUAAAACAACUCAAGGAGAAUCCAAGCUGCUUCACACUCUUGUAUCUUACCGAGCAGAAAACGAUAACACCUCUCCUGUUUAUACUUCAAUGCAGCAAAGAUAUUUGAUGGUAAAGCUUGAUUUUAGUGGAGUUGAGUUAUCAGAGGAAGAUAUAAAUUCUUUAUGGGCAUCAGUCGAGGAAAACUUCAACACAGCUCUAUUAACUUCUGCUUCUAAUGAAGAACACAAGGAGACUGAGCCCAAUGCUCAACUAGUUGCGACUAUUGACAGACUAAAUAAAGACCCUAGCACUAGCAACAAUGAAGUAAACAUUCUUAUCGAUUCCAAAUGGAGGAACUUCAAAACCACUAUCUACAAGUCGAACACUUAUUCCAACAUAGUAGAGGACUGAGUCUCAGUCAAGCGUCUCCCUCUAGUCCUGGUCUACAAGCUUCUAGACAACGUUCCUAAAGAGAAAGCACCCGAGCCAGUCAAAGCUGCCCCUAAGAAGGUUUCUGAUAAGGAUGAACCUAGUGCUAAAUCCUACCAAACCAUGAACGAGCUCGACAAGAGCGCUACCCCACCCCACUCUACAAAAUCCGACUCAGUCUCCAACCCUGCUCCCACAGAACCCAAAAUCUACAAGAGAGAUAUCCCUGACCCCUCCGAAAACAGUGGGUGAUGCUGAAUAAUAAUGUAA